AUGAUCAAGCAGCAGCAAGCUCUGGCACAAGCAAGCUCAAUCGGCACCAGCUCUGCCCGAAGAAUCAUUGCCAUUCCCGCCACAAACGCAGACCUGGGAUCUGCAUUUCUCAGAGCCUACCCCCUAGCCUUGCAGAGCUCAAACAUCUCGAAGCCUGAGUUUCUCGACUUUCUCGACCACCUCAACCGGGCGAUUGUCGCGAGCCCCGGGCUGCGCGUCCUCGGGGCCGCUUCUGACAUUGUCGGGUUCGUGCCUGAACCAACGGCCCAGAUCGUUUCCGCGGCUGCUGGCGUGGGUGCCAUGGUGGGAACGUACGCCAUGUCCAAGAUCCGCUCAGAGGCCGUCAUCCGACAGGCGAACAGGGACGUGUUCUUUCCGAGGGGCUUGGAGGUGCAGAUUGUCAAGCUCAAGACCGUUGCCAAACUCAGUAACAUGCCCAUUUUGAACGAAAAGGGGGAUAUUGACAAGAAGUCGCCUAUUCUGGAGUCCCUGCAAACCCUUGCAGAGGCCAACGAGCUGCAGACUAUCAGUGCGCAGCAGCGUCGUCUGAGGGCUCUUGAGGCGUGGAUCUCGCCGCUUGAGAUUGAUGAACUGCCCCCGGUUGCCAACCCGUCGAAUGUUAUAAGCAAGGUGGAUGUCUUUGUCAGCGAGGCAGAGCGCAAGUCUGCAGAGAAGUCUAUGCUCAAGAAGAGGAUCAAGGCAAAUGAGAAGCACGAUCGAAAGAGUCAGAAAGCUCUCGAGAAGUAUGAGAAAUCCAUGCAAAAGUCUGACAAAAAAGAGAAGGGUCUCGAUGGCAACGGCCGUCACGCAAGCAGAGAUCUCGAGCGGGCGCAAGAGCGCCGCCAAAAGGCAACAGAAAAGUAUGAGAAGGAGAUGGACAAGGCGGGGAAGAAGUACCAGAAGAAGGAUAAAGAGGAGAGGAGCAUUAGGAGGAUUGCCUUUCUCGUGGUUGUGCCCAAGGUCAGAGAAUACUGA